UGCUCUGGGGUCAGUUGUUGAACGGGACAGGCAGCGUUUAAACUCCUGCGGUCGUUUUGCUCCGACUCACGUAUGUGGCACGGCGCGGUCCGGAGUCGCGUUUUUUGCUUCUGGAUUAACACUCGGAGAGUUUGGGAUUGUACGCAGCUCUGCUGGAAAUGGGGGAAUAGUUGGAACUUUUUCACGGUUUAUGCACUCUCUUCGGAUCUGCUCUGCCAUGAGUGAAGAGGAGCUGAGAAGCUCCCCCGCUGCUUUUAGAGAGUGAGGAGGAUUAAGGCUGGAGCUCAGUGGAGGCACGACGGCACUCUCAUUCGGGAGCCGGAGCCAUGAGCAGGGCGCUUACGGAGCACAUCAGCACUAGCUUCCGAGAAGAUGCUCCUCGUCCUCCGGUACCGGGGGAGGAAGGAGAGGCGGCAUGCUACAACCCCAGCAGGUGUGCCAAAAUGAGACCUCAGAGCAAGGUUAAAGACAGCCCUGCUCCUCCCGGAUCCACGCCGAGGAGGAACGAGGAUGGACUCGGAGAGCCGGAGGGCAGCGCGUCCCCAGACUCGCCUCUCGUCCGGUGGACAAAGUCUCUGCAUUUUCUCCUGGGCGACCAAGACGGUGCUCAUCUCUUCAGGACCUUUUUGGAGCGGGAGAACUGCGUGGACACUUUGGACUUUUGGUUCGCCUGUAACGGCUUCAGGCAAAUGGACUUAAAGGAUACCAAAACCCUGCGAGUUGCCAAAGUUAUUUUCAAGCGCUACAUCGAGAACAACAGCAUCGUGGCCAAGCAGCUGAAACCCGCCACCAAGACCUUCAUAAGGGAUAGUAUUAAGAGACAACAAAUUGACUCUGCCAUGUUUGACCAGGCGCAGACAGAAAUCCAGUCCAACAUGGAAGAGAACGCCUACCAGAUGUUUUUGACCUCUGACAUAUACCUCGAAUACGUGCGCACCGGCUGCGAGAACGCGGCUUACCUAAACCACAGCGGGCUGGGCAGCCUGAAGCUGAUGUGCGGAUACCUUCCACCUCUCAUGGAGGAGGAGGAGUGGAGUUGUGCUGACUUGAAGGGGAAAACGUUAGGCUCUGUGGUUGGACUGUCAGCCAAAACCCUGAGGGCUACUGUUACCAUCCGGACAGCAGCUGAGAUGCUGGAGAGUGGUUGCAGGUCUCACCGGAGAGGAGAACCUGCCAGUCCCUACUUUGUCAACUCCGGCUACAUCUUCGCCCCUGCCACCAGUGCCAAUGACAGCGAGAUCUCUAGCGACGCCACGACGGACGACUCCAUGUCCAUGACGGACAGCAGCGUAGAUGGCAUCCCUCCAUACAAGCUGGGAACCAAGAAGCAGCUUCAGCGAGAAAUCCAUCGCAGUGUUAAGAUCAAUGGCCAGGUUUCACUACCCCACUUUCCUAGGACACACCGGCUCCCGAAGGAGAUGACCCCUGUUGAACCCUCGGCCUUUGCAGCUCAGCUCAUUGCCCGACUGGAGAAACUGAAGCGAGAGCAGGACACCAUGAGUUCACUGGAGGAGCGACUGCAGCAGAUCCAGGAGGAGGAGGAGAGGGAGGACAGUGGUGAUGUCUCCAGUGCCACCUCACUCCAGCACCCUCUGCUACCGUCUGGCAGCCAGUGCGAGGAGGACCCCCAGGCUAUACUAGAUGAGCACUUGUCUCGUGUCCUCAAGACGCCCGGAUGCCAGUCACCAGGCAUGAUUCGACACUCGCCGCGCUCGCGAUCUCCCGAUCGGACGGGUGCUCUGGUGACCUCUGGCCACGGGCCUUUCUUCAGCACCUGCGCCGGAGCUGCCAAGGUUUUGAUGACAGGCAGGCAGUCCACAAAGCACAUCCACCACCACUACAUCCACCAUCACCACGCUGGGCUCAAGACCAAGGAGCAGAUCGAGGCCGAGGCAGCUCAGCGUGUGCAGUGCCUGUGCCCUCAAGGAGGCGCCAAUUACUCAGAUUUCACCCCUGCUCGCUGUAGCACUUUGUCCAAACGGCCAGUCAAGGCCAUCGAUGAGGGCAUGUCUUCACCACGCCUUCCCCUAGAUGCCACCGACCGCUCACAGAAUGUUUGGCAGUGGAUCCUAGAGAGCGAGAGACAGGGCAAGCACAAGCCACACGGCACUCAAGGCCCAAAGAAGUCCAACCAGCUAGACUCCAAGACCCUGACAAGUCGAACUCACUCCACUUGGGGGGGAGGAGGCAUCGGGAGUGGGGUUCACCUCCGUGGUCACCAUCCAGGCCACCCGUUCAUCCAGGACCCAGCCAUGCCACCUCUACCCCCACCCAACACCUUGGCACAGUUGGAGGAAGCUUGUCGCAGACUAGAAGAAGUGUCCAGGCCCCCAAAACAGAGGCAUUCAGCCGAAGCCAGCAGUCUUCAGAGAGACAGAAGCCAUCCAGCAGCUGCCUUCCCCAUCGGAAGCCCUCUAACCAGCCCGGGACUCCAAACAGACGAGUCCAAAGAGCUCAUGGUCACUUACUUCUUCUGUGGUGAAGAGAUUCCUUACCGCAGCAUGAUGAAGACCCACUGCCUCACUCUGGGACACUUCAAGGAACAGCUCAGCAAGAAAGGCAACUACAGGUACUACUUCAAGAAGGCCAGCGACGAGUUUGAGUGCGGCGCCGUGUUUGAGGAGGUGUGGGAGGACGCCUCCGUGCUGCCCAUGUACGAGGGCAAGAUCCUGGGCAAGGUGGAGCGCAUGGACUGAAGCUAUUUUGUCACUAAGCAACCACUCCCCCUCCCCACCCAACCAAAAGCUAACCUGAACGAAAGACUCUGUAAUUUACAAAAAAAAAAAACACUCUGGACUGUUUUGUUUUUAAUUAUUAUUUCUUCUAUUAAGCUAAACAGAGUUAAUAUAUCCAGCACAAGAGGAUUGAAGGAAGACGAGCCAAUGAAGUAUGCCGCACCAGAGGAGGCGCUGCGUUGCGCCACGCCCCCCACCCCCUCCUCGAAUUUCUCAACCAAUCAGCCUUAGAAACACAAGGGACACAAGAAGAUGAUUGGAAGGCAGCGGCGGGGAAGACUCUGCCUCUUUCUUGAAUAUAACCACUGAAAAUGUAGAGGACUGUUGCGCAUUCUGGAAGACGCAGCACCACCAACCUGCUCUUAAGACGCCAGCGUCGUUACGUGUGCAUAUACAUACGUCCAUAUAUGUAUAUAUACAGAGAAUUUUGAUUUUGUCAGGAUUUGAAAGGUUUUAAGUAUUUAUUGAAAAAGAAAACAAACCCAACCCACCUGUUUCCACCUCGACCAAUCACGUGUGAACCUGUGCUCCUCCCCCUCCCCUCCCCGUUUCCAGCCAAUGCACAAGCUGCUUUAAAUGUUGGGAGAAAAUUGUGGUGACGUGAUUUAGUUUGUUCCACUCGUCUCGUAUCCCCGUCUGAUCCAAACUAACAACGUUAGCGGCGGUCAUUUGUGUGGCGCCCUCCCUUCACCAUGACAACAGUCCAUCCCAGUCUUAUAUGCUGCUGAAAGUUCGUAAAGUUUGUCACACUCGUGUUGUUUCGUUUCCACUUGUCUCUCAGUCCGGCGACAGAGCUCAGUCAUUUUUUGUUGUUGUUGUGCCUUUGUUGGUAAACCAGGCGUUCGGGGGGGCGGCUGCAGAAUCGACCUGGAGCACAAGUCGUACCAUCUAUUAAUGGUGGCGUUUUGAGCCUUGCACACUAAAAUAAUGAGCAAGAACCAGUUUGGGCCACUGAGAACAACUUCUGCAGGAAGUCUGCAAGUGCAUAAAAAAAAAAAAAAAAUCAAACUAAUAAGAGUAACAACACUAUUGGAGAAGCAACCACAGCUCGGACAUCCUGUGAAUGUUGUGACGGUUUCUAGCAGAGCUCCUGUAUACUUUGUAAUUAUGCAUUGUGAAGUAUGGAUACUGACACACACACUAUCGCUGGUGUUUUUCUGAGUACAGCACCUGUGCCUACAUGGAUACCAUACCAUGUGCUACCCUGUUUCAGGGUUUUAAUAUAUAUCCCUCGGUUUUCACAAGGGUUUUAUGUUGAAAAGAUAUUUUUAUGCUUUUAAUAAUAUCUUGUAAUCAUGGUUUUUGUUUUUACACCACAGCCUUUUUGUGUGUUUUCAUUCUAUCUAUACUGUAAAUUAUACAUUAUAUAAAGAGUUUCAUUUAAAGAUUUACAUGGACCUAUAAUUAUUGUAAUUAUUGAGAGAUGUAGCCUUUAUUAAAGUUUUAUAUUUUUCAAAUGAAA